AUGCUCAGCAAGUUGUUGAGUCACGGCCCGAGCGCACGUCCGACAGUCGAUGCUGUUGUUCAGUGGGGGCAUACGAUGUGCGAAACGAGUGUCGCUCAGAAAGCUGUAUUGGUUGUGUUCUCGCUGCGCAACCUGGGCAUGAUCAGAUCCGCUACUGAAUUCGUUAAAGCAAGUGUGGGCGUGUAUACUGGAGUGCACAAUGGAAAGGUCGAAAUGAUCAAGAAGUGUGGAUUGCACGCGGAGAGUAAGGGCGUGACGAUUCCAGCAUUUAAGUUGGACCCACAGGGCGCUCUCGCCGUUGCGCCUGGCAGCGACGUGGAAGGCUCCGUGGUUUUGGCGAUUGAAGCCUUCGCUGAAGUGCAACGGUGCAUCGUGUGA